GUACCUCUCGGGAGACACGAGAGAGAAGAAUUUUCGUGCGACAUUGCGACAUGUUGACCUAAGUGCCUUUCUAUUUUGUUUAUUUUGGAGUUUCUUCCCCUUCCACCCUCUUUUUUUACCCUUAUUAGCCAUGACUCAUUAUUACCCGAUAAAUGACCGCGAAGACACUCGACCACCAGAGAUGGCUAUCACAGAAGGCGACUCGGAAAAAGUUUCCUUGAUUCGUGACGGGAGCCCAGCGAGCCAAGGCAAAGAAGGAGAAAAGAUGACAUUGUAUGUGUACAUGCUGACAUUUUUCGCAGCCAUUGGAGGCUUUCUAUUUGGAUAUGACACCGGCGUGGUAUCCGGAGCUAUGAUUCUCAUCUCUGAAGUGUUUCACUUGUCGGAUUUUUGGCACGAGUUGAUUGUGAGUGGGACUAUUGGUACAGCGAUAGUAGGCGCUGUACUUGGAGGAAUUUUAAAUGAUUCGCUCGGACGAAAACCUGUGCUUGUAUUGUGCUCUGGAGUGUUUACUGCUGGUGCGGUGGUGAUGGGAGUUGCAGGCACAAAACAUGUGCUUCUUGUGGGCAGAUUAGUUAUUGGUCUCGGUAUAGGUGGGGCCUCAAUGACUGUGCCAAUUUAUGUAGCUGAAGCCGCACCAUCAUCAAUGAGGGGAAAACUUGUCACCCUUAACAACUUAUUUAUUACUGGCGGCCAAUUUAUUGCAUCUGUAGUGGAUGGGAUAUUUGCAUAUGAUAGACAGAAUGGAUGGAGAUUCAUGCUUGGCCUAGCUGCUGUUCCGUCCAUCAUCAUGUUCUUUGGGUGUGUUAUUCUUCCUGAGAGCCCCCGAUGGUUGAUAAGCAAGUGCAAAUAUGCAGAGGCCAGAGCCGCUUUGUGUAAAAUAAGGGGUAGAACUGAUGUAGACAGGGAACUAGAGGCUGUGAGAAGGACCUGUAAGGUGGAACGAAAAGAGAGAAGUGGUCAGGUCCUGAUUCGCAUCUUGAGAUUUCCAAACACAAGACGUGCUCUGUUAGUUGGCUGCAUGUUGCAGGCUAUUCAGCAACUUUGUGGCAUCAACACAGUCAUGUACUACAGUGCGACUAUUAUUUUGAUGUCUGGGAUUGGCAACAGCAAGACAUCAAUCUGGCUUGCAGCUGCAAUAGCAUUUGGAAAUACACUCUUCACCAUUGUUGGUAUCUUCCUGGUGGAGAGAAUUGGUCGUCGGAAGCUUCUCCUUGGUAGCCUUGCUGGUGUGAUCUUGAGCCUGUUUUUGCUUGGUGGAGCAUUUUACCUGGCAAUGCAACACAACCCUAAGGUCUCGACUGCAGAGACAAUUAAUCCUGUUUUCACUCAUUGUACCAAUCAAACCACAUGUAUGGACUGUGUUAAUGUGAGAAAUUGUGGUUACUGUUAUAGUACAGAUAGUGAUGGCAGCAUCUUACAGGGUUCUUGUGUCUAUGCCAACACUUCAACCACCAAAGCCUGGUAUGGGAGAUGCCACACCCAGUCAUCGCAAUACUCAUGGAGAUAUAUUGCUUGCCCAUCAAAGUAUGCAUGGAUGGCAUUUCUUGGACUUGUAAUUUACAUUGCAACAUUUGCUCCUGGGAUGGGUCCUAUGCCUUGGACUCUAAACUCAGAAAUGUACCCCUUGUGGGCACGAAGCACUGGGAAUGCUUGCUCAACAGCAGUAAAUUGGAUUUGUAAUCUGGUAAUCUCUAUGACAUUCCUCAGCCUUAUGGGCUGGAUCACUAGACCAGGAGCAUUUUGGCUUUAUGGUUGUAUUGCAGUCGCUGGGUGGGUCUUCUUUUUUGUUUUUGUGCCAGAAACUAAAGGGAAAACGCUGGAGGAACUCGACUCACUCUUUGUGAGUAGAUCUGAGGAACACCAGGCAAUGGAUCAAUGAUGUUAUACCACCAUGGGGCCUUGGUGAUUUCAGCAGAAAUAGAGACUGAGUGAGGAGUAUGGUCGUGCCAUACUCUUCGCUCAAUGCUCACUUCUGUCACCUCGUCUCUAUUUCUGCUGAAACUUUACAAAAACACUUUCUGCCCAGUGUAAUUGGGGGAUGCAGUGUAGGUUUGGUACAUUGCUGGCACAUUGUUUGACCACAAGGGCCAUGUAGUGUUUUAAUUUCAUUAGAAUUAUGUUAUUUAGAAUAGUUUCAUGGGUACAAUCUGUGUUCUUAUUAACAGGGUUCUUCUUUUCUUGGAACCAAUCGCCUUAUUCAUUCGUCACUUUAAUGUGUAAAUGGUACAUUUUAUGAUAGGUUAUUUUGUUUUGUGAAUCAAAAUACGAUUUUUUUCAUUUGUUUUAGUUCAGUUAUAGGAACAAUACCAGGUUUAUUUACAUAAAUAGUUCACGCUAAAACAAUCUACUUUAAUUAUUGUUUAUUUCAUUUAAUUUAAAGACUAAGUGAAGUUAUAAAAAAUGUUGGAGGUUU